CUAUUGGCACCUCCGAACGUAUAGAUCUAGAUCUCUAGACUCUAUCUAGAUCUAGACCUAGAAAAACUACUGUAUUGUCUGAGUAGUUAAUCAGAACAAUGAGCUCAGUUUCACAGAGGGCAAACCAUCAUGCACUACUUCAUAGACUUACAAACCAAAGUAAUGGCUUACUAAAACCCCUCAAACUCCAGAGGUCUGUUGUUUCUUACUUUAUGCAGCAUCUUGAGCUAAGCAGAAACAAAGAUUUUAAAACAGUACAUUCCAGUGCCAUCAAUGAUGUCAAUAUUGAUCUAACAGAAAACAGAUACUUGUUAUCUGGUGGAGCAGAUGGAACAAUAGCAAUCCAUGAUUUAGAAAAUUUAACAGACAUUGAUGAAAUUAACCAUAGCCGGACUUACAAACUGGUGUGCUCAGUGUCACCAGGUAAUAGAAAUGCACACAAACGAAGCAUAGAAACAGUCCAGUGGUAUCCACUAGACACUGGCAUCUUUACAUCUAGUGGAACUGACAGACUAUUGAAAAUUUGGGAUACAAACACCUUGAAAACUGCUGAGGAAUAUAAUUUUAGUGGCGUCGUACACUGUCAUCAAAUGUCUUCCAUAGCUACCAAACACAAUUUGAUAGCUAUUGGAACAGAUAGCUCUAUUGUUAAACUAGUAGACCCAAGAGCUGGUUCAGCCACACAUUCACUCAGGGGCCAUAAGGAUGGGGGAGUUCGGGCAGUUUCAUGGUCAAAUAAAGAUGAGUUUUUAUUGGCCACUGGAGGUGUUGACAAUUUUGCAAUUUUAUGGGAUGUUCGAACAGCUAAAGGAUGUCUGAUGAAGUUACAAGACAAAAAGAAGAAAAAGUCGGGUUUCACUCCAGACACUACUCAUGAUGGUUCAGUGAAUGGUCUUCAUUUUACUGCUGAUGGUCUUCACCUUGCCACGGUUGGCACUGAUCAAAAGUUCUUUUUGUGGAAUGUCUAUACUGGGAAGAAGUUGCCAAUGAACUUUCCUGCUCUUAGUCACAUCAAGAGAAGAUGUAUCAAGUUUUACCUCACCAAAGGGGGCUCUGACAAUCAUGCAUUCAUUCCUACUGGGUCCAGCAUAUCAACCUUCAGUUUAUCAUUGCCAUCAUCCAAGAGUAAACAUUUGUAUGGUCACUACAACAGUGUCAACUGCUGCACAUAUCAGGAGCAAGGAAACCAGCUAAUAAGUGGGGGCAAUGACCAGAAAAUUUUAGCCUGGACUCACAAAGGAGAUCAAGACUUUGAAGAGUAUUUAUGUGACAGGCAGGUAGAAAAGAUGGAAACUAAAGUCAAAAGGAACCUUGAAGAAGUUUUAGAGUUGCCCCCAAUACAGACCAUCCCAGAGGCCAUUGCUCAGACUUUAGAUACAUGGAGUGAUGAUGAAAUAUAGACCUCUAGCACUAGGAACACCGAUGUGCCAAGUGGAAGAUCAUAUACUUCACUAACAUCCUGCACACCAGAAACACAAGGCCCAUAGGCAAGUGAAGCUUGAGCUUUAACUUCCUUAGCAAAGGUCAUAUCAUUGACCUCCUUCAGUUGCUGAAGGACUAUGGUUCAUUUCAUGGAGCAUUUUUUCAUGCGACUGUAGAGCCAUUCCGAUCUACAUACAAUGCAGGUGGCUAGUGCUUUGGAUUGAUGAUACAUGGUAUUGGUCUUGAACCUGUUAUUCUGAUAAACUGUCUCAAAUUUAAAAAGCAAAUAUACAAACAAUAUAGAUUGUUAUGGUUCAUCACAUAGGACUUAACAUGUGUAUUUUUGUUUUGUUUCAUGUUUCUUGAAAUUAUAAUGAGACAAUGCUUAGCAUUUGAUGCCAGUCAAAUUAUAAAAAGAUGAACAUUGAGGGACAUGGAGGCCAAAGCAGUAGAAUACUUGCUAUUGAGGUCUGUAAAGGGAACAUAAGUUACACAGAUUUAUUAGUAGAAUAUUGACUGAAUACAAAUGUAUAUAGUAUUGAAAAGCAAAAACUAAGUGGGUGUAAAGCUGAUAGACAUUCAGAGAUAAAAAUAGAUUUAUAUUGCACACUUAUUAGUUUAAACUUUAUUCUACAACUAAUUCAGCUACAUCAGACUUAAUUUAUCAAAAGUUGUCUAAUUUUUAUGCUAUUUAGUGUCAUUAGCUGUUUUUAGUUAUUUUAUAAGUACAUUUUUUAUUCAUUGUUUUUCAAAUGAAGAAAUUUAUUGUAAGUGUUUUGUAUCUUUUUCACAUAAGUAUUUUAUGUGAGAAUUAAUAAACAUCAAACCUCAAAUUAAUACCAAAUUAAUACCAAUUAAACAUUUGGUUUAAAAUGAUAAAUUUUUUUGUAGGCAAUGUCUACCAAGCAGUGGUUCUCUCAACCCUUCUAUAUGGAUCCGAGACAUGGAUACUAUACAGAAAGAAACUUGUAUUCACCAAAGAUGUCUUCAUAUUUUUGAACUGGAGUUUUAAUUGGUAGUGGUAAUCUGGAGAGUCCAUCAGCUUUGGCUUGUGACUUGGACUUUCUAAAUUCAAUUGAGCAGUUAAAUCCUGAAAAGAAUACUGCAUACAGCUUUUGUCCCAAAUGAAUUUAACUUUAUCUUGUAAUAUAUUGUAUAGUGGUUUAGCUAUUUGUGCAAUAUUUUUUAGCCACUUAUGGUAAUAGUUAACCAUACCUAAAAAAGACCUCAGUUGUGACUUAUUGUUUGGAGUACUGCUAAUACCUUGUCAUUAGUUUUAUGUAAUCCUUCUUUUGAAAUUCUUAUUCCACAGAAAAUAUUUUCAUCUUUGAAGAAAGCACAUUUUUCCAGAUUUGCCUUGAGACCAUAUUCCUUCAGUCUGCCGAGUAGACUUCUUAAAUUUGCAAGAUGUUCUGUGUCAUCUUUUCCUGUGAUGAUCAUGUCGUCUUGAUUGCAUUGUACUCCUGGCAGUUCAUUGAAGAUAAUAUCCAUAGUUCUUUGCCAUAUCAUAGGAGCUGAUGUGAUCCCAAAAACGAGUCUGUUGUACACAUAUAGGCCUUUGUGUGUAUUGAUGGUUGUUAAAUGUUUUGAAGCUUCAUCUAGUUGAAGUGUAAGAUAUGCUUGUCAUAUAUCUAUUUUUGAGAAUUUGUCUCCCUUUUCUAAGUUAGCAAGAAUAUCUUCUAUUCUUGGUAGAGAAUAUUGUUCGACUUUUAACACUGGGUUGAUAGUUACCUUGAAGUCACCACAUAUUCGAACGUCACCUGAUGGUUUCAUUAUUGGUACUAUUGGUGUUGCCCAAUUGCUGUAAUUCACUUUAGACAGAAUUCCUUCAUUCUCUAGUUUAUUCAACUCCUUUCUACUUUUGCCUUGAUAGCAUAAGGGAUGGGCCUUACAUUGCAGAAUUUAGGUUUAGCAUCAUCUUUUAUUGCUAUGUUUGCAUGCAUGUUUCUAACGGUGCCUAUUCCUUCUGAGAAGACCUCUUCAAAUUCCUUGAUUAGACAAUUGAUAUUUUCUUGUAUACUAGAUUCAGAGAUAUUAACUGUUAGAUGUCACUCCAGUUGAUCUUCAGAGAUCUUAUCCAUUCACGUCCUAGUAUAGGAUUGCUACCUUUACUCAAUAUGUAUAGAGGAAGUUUCUUUGUUUCAUGAUGAUUGUAUACUAUUACAUUUGCUUUUCCCAAAGUGAGUAUUUCUUCUCCUGUAUAGGUUCUCAAGCGAACAUUGGUGCAUUCAAGUUUUGGGUUUCUUUUAAAGAUGUUCUUGUCAUUAAUGAUAGAUCAGAACCUGUAUCUUUAUCCAUUUCUGUGUCGGUUCUGUCGAUAUUAAUUUUGAUGCACAUUUUGUGUUUAUUGACAAACUGAAUAUUUCUUCUUCUGUAUCUUCUUGUACAUUGUGUAACUUCCCUUCUCUUUUGCAUGCUUUUUCUAUAUGACCUUGUUUGCCACACCUGAAACAAUUGGCACUGUGAAAGAAGCAUCUCUUUCUUGUAUGAUUUGACUUGCCACAGGAGAGACACAAAGUUCUGGUCCCCCUUUAUCUUCUUGUUUUGACGAAGGUGAGUUGUAAGGUUUCUUUUGAUCUCUUGUAUAGCGAUCGUCUUUCAUUCCAAGUUCAGCUUUUUCUGUGCUCCUGUUGGUUUGCAUCCUAUGUAGAGAUUGAGAUUGAUUAGACUGAAUCUGUUCAGCAUCUCUCUUUGCUGUCUCCAUGGCUGUAGCUAUGUUGAUAACUCGAUAAUGUUAGAUUGGCCUCCUGAAGGAGUCUUUUCUGAAUGUGGUUGGGAGGCUAAGUAUGUAAGCUUGAACUUGGCUUGGCUACCUAUGAAAGGGGCUCGAGGUUCAACACCCAACUUGAGCAAAGUUGAGUUCACUGAGCGCCUAAAGGCAGCACAGAAAACCUACUCCCAGAUCCCCCUCCCCCCACUGGUCCACAAAUGAGAUUGGACCAAAGCGCUCUGAGCAUGCUAUAAGCAUGAAAGUAGCGCUAUAUAAAAGCAAUAAUCUAUUUAUUUAUAUCUUUUAGACCACAAACAAAUCUAUCUCUAAGCGAAUUUUGAAGAUCUGAGCCAAAAUUACAGUGUUCUGACACUGCUUUGCAGUUAUAAAUUCAUUGUUUGUUUCCUUGUCUUCUUGGAUUUUGUUGUGGAAUUUAAAUCUUUCCUUAAUAUCCAAUGGAGGAGGGCUGGAAUAACUGUUAAGCAGCUUGCAAAGCUCUUCAUAUGAUUUCUUAAUGGGCAACUCUGGGGACGCCAAUUACCUUAAUGUUGCAUAAGGUUUUGGCCCCUAUUGAGGCUAUUAAUAUAGCUGCCUUUUUCUCAGAUGGAGUACUGUUUGCAACAAAGGCAUCUAGCCUUUCUUUGUAGUUUAUAAACGUUUCUGUACUUUCAUUAUAUGUGUCUGGUUAUCCCAUCCUCGUCGCCAAUUGUGGUGUCGUGACUUAUUAAGGUUCUAUUAUAUUUAGAAGGUUAAGUGAAGACAUGCUUAGUAUUUACAACAUUUUCCAGUGAAUGACCCAGAAGUGAUGUUCUUUAUUAGUAACAUUAAUAAACAUACAUAUAUAAAUUCGCAUAAUACAAUAAUAAUAAUAUACCACAGUGCUCCUUCAUGAGCAUACGAUGGCAAGAUAGUGUUAUAAAUAAUGAUGUUCUUGCUUAUAAUCUGACAGCUACGCUGGGCAGGGCACAUAUCCUGUAUAGGGGACAAACUGUGUGGUUGCUUGCUUUAACUGACAAAGAAAAAAGCACCUGACAGCAGGUGGUUUCUGAUUGAGACAGCUGGAGAUUUAUUACAAACGCAUCAGGGGAUAUACAAUACCAAAAUUAAUUUUACUGCAAAUGACAGACAUAGCAAAAAUGGAACCAUAACCAACCACCGGCAGACAACAGUAAUGUCUGCACUGGCUGUGGCAGAAUAUGUUGAUCACAGCUAGGACAAUGUAGCUCUGUGAUGUAGCCCUCCUCUAUAAUCUUCAGACUUUAAGACGAGCUUUAUUAUUAAAAUGUCAUUCUCAAGUAUCAUUAUUUAUUAUGCAGUAUUGGAUAAAACAAUAAUCAUUAUGAUGCCUUGUAAUUAAGUCUGCCUACGCAGCAAUGAAGUAGAAUGUGUUUUUCUUUUUAAGAUUGGUAUAGUUAAUUUUGAGUACAUUAAUUAAAAGCAAACAAGAGGUUUUUUUAAAUAAUGUAAAGACUAGUCAGGUGAAACAAUUCAGUACAAAAUAAUUUUAUUGCAAAUAGUAUCAUUUAAUUAACUUCAUUAAAAUGUUCAACCCAUAUACACAAUUUUAUGUUUCAAGUCUCACAUGUGUUUUAUUCAACACAGCAAAAGAAAAACUAGAAAUAUUUCUGUCUACUUUUCACCAGACAUUGUUUAAAUAUCAUUUCAAUGGCAUUCUUAGCAAGUACACAAGGCAUGGUCUGCCAAGUUGUUUACAGAGAAAUUUGUAGCUUAAUGAUGUCAACUUCUAGAAAUUAGUGAUAUUUUAAAAUGGCUAAAAAUAGUUCAGAAAAUACUAGACUACUUCUGUAACUACAGAUUGAAAAAGCUAUCUAAAAAGGAUGACACUAGUUUCAGGAUUCAAUUAUUUCUUUGAUACUUUUAAUUUCAAUGAAAGUUUUGAUUGAAUAUUGUAAUUCUAGAUAUAAAACAG